AUGUCGAGACCCGUGACUCCAAUUUCACCGGUUCACAGCGCCCUGUCGGGAGCCCAACAUGACCCUUCGCUGCCCUCGGCGCGACCAUUCAGCGCCAGAACAACGUCUCGUCCGGUCUCCUACGCCGGCUCGCACCCCCCCGACACCGUGUCGCAACUCGACCACCCCCAAGGCGCCCCGCAGGACCCGUCGAUACUGUCGCAUCCCGGCGAAUAUCACGAGGAGGUCCCCGUUGGCGACGAAGAUAAUUCCAAUCUUCACCGGUCGAAUUCGCACGUGUCGGGGUCGCAGACGCUGCUGCCCUCCAGGGGUGGGACCUUGAAGAAGAAGUCUUCCCUGCACAGGAGCACGAGUUUGAAGAGGACCGCUAGCAAACGGAGCAGUUACGCUGGCUCGGUGCGCAGCGUGAAACUGGGUGACAAAGAACGGUACGGCGAAGGUGAAGAAUACAACAGUGUCUUCUACUGUCCCGUUCCCACCUCUGGAAAUCCGACUGAGCUACUUGCAGCACGGUUUCAAGCAUGGCGCAAAGUGCUGAAGGACCUGAUCAACUACUUCCGUGACCUGCAUAAAUCGUACGAGGUGCGCGCGAAGACGCUCUCGUCAACUUCCAACGUCAUCAACAACACCGCCAUUCCCUCCAACUUCCUCUCCUCUGGUGGAAUUGGCGAUGCAGUCGCCAUCCUGCGGGAUUUCCACAAGCAGACUCUCGCCGAGACCAACAAAGCCCGGGAUCUCGAGAAUGAAGUCAUCAUCCAGUUGACAGGUCUUCGUAGCGACCUGCAGCAAAAGAUAAAAGAGAUCAAGAGCUUGUCUGGUGAUUUUAAGAAUUCGGUGGACAAGGAACAGGAGACCACGAAGAAAGCCGUGCGGCAACUACAGGAAGCCCUUGGCAUGGUCGACCACGAUGCAGCCUCUACCAGUGGGAAAGGCGAUCCGUUCCUCGUCAAGCUGGCGGUCGACAGGCAAGUCGAGAGGCAAAUCGACGAGGAAAACUAUUUGCAUCGCGCAUACUUGAACCUCGAAGCCUCUGGCCGCGAACUUGAGUCCAUUGUAGUUGGCGAGAUCCAAAAAGCCUACAAUGUUGUUGCCGGAAUCCUCCGUCGCGAGGCUGACGCCUCGUAUGAUACGGCCGAAAAGCUCAAGGAGGGACCUUUGGCGAUGGCAAAGGAUCAUGAGUGGGACCAGUUCACCACCAGUAGCAGUCAGAUGGUCGAUCCCAGAAACCCCAUCAGACAAGUUUCUCAUAUCGUGUAUCCUGGCAAAGAACAUCCCGCAGCCAUCGAAGUCAGGAGCGGCAUGCUAGAGCGGAAGAGUAAAUACCUGAAGAACUAUACUCCUGGAUGGUAUGUUCUGUCUCCGACACAUCUACACGAAUUCAAGUCGGCAGACCGCAUCGCCUCUCAGUCUCCUGUCAUGUCAUUAUACCUUCCCGAACAGAAACUAGGCUCUCACUCGGAGCCCGGCUCCUCGUCACACAAGUUCAUGCUCAAGGGCCGACAGACCGGCUCAAUGCAUCGUGGACAUUCCUGGGUCUUCCGCGCCGAAUCUCAUGAGACCAUGUUGGCUUGGUACACCGACAUCAAGGAACUCACGGAGAAGCGGGGCGAGGAGCGGAACGAUUUCGUGCGGCGCCAACACGCCAGAUCACUGUCUGGAAACAGUCUCAAACCUGCCAGCAUCAUCAGCUCCGAAGGCGGCAUGGAGGAAGAUGAGGCUGAUCGCGUCGCCUUUUCCGGCGAACAGUCAGUCCGUGGAAAUUCUGUCGCCGAAGGAGGUGUCCUCGCUGGAGCUGGUGGACUAGGUGUUGCGGGCUUGCACGAUCUCGAGGACAACAGAUCUGAGGCCGGAUGGCGUCCUCCACAACGACCAGCACCAGGUGGGCGAUUUCCAUCUGAUGUCAACGUGCAACGAGGCUUACAAGCUCCGCUUUCCCCCUCUAGUGGAGAGAGUUCUGACCGAGAGCGCGAUGUCAUAGCAGCCGCGGGCGCUCUGCCUGGAAGCGGGGUGCCAUUUGCAAAUACCACGGAGAGGCACACGGAGUUGCAGCCUCCUGAAGCCCACCCUGAGCCUGACGGCGUUGUCAGCGACAUUCAGCCGCCUAACCAAUACGCUACGGGCCAACACCCGAACAUACUCCCCGCGCACCCUGUGUCCCCGCCACAUGAGACAGCAAGCCAAUAUCGCGAAUGGAUGGCGCCAAUCGCGGCUGGUGCAGGUGGCGCGGCGGUGGGAGCCGGGGCUGUACAUCAUCACAAUCAGCAGCAGCACCAGCCAGUGCCUGAUUCAGCCACGCAUCAAGCGGACGCCGAAACAGCGAUACCAGAGUACGGUCAGUCUUCGGCACCAAUCCUUGUCGCGACCGCUGCUCCCGCCGAUGCCCCCAGAGGCCCACGGGCAAUGAGCGAUAGUACCACCGCCCCUAGCUCGGCCGCUGCGAACACGACUGCUUCUGGCACGGAGACUGGCACACUGUCCACCGUACCCACCAGCAUAGGUCACGCCCCUACACACGAGAGCUUGUUUAACGAUGAUGGAGUCUUUACUGGGCCCCGCACUUCGUCAACGGCACCAACAGACUAUGUCCUCAGGCACCCGAACCGAAGCAAGAGUUAUACUACUAUCAGUGACUUGCACAUACCGGGCGAGUUCCCUGCAACUCCCGGCUUGACUGAAGAAACCAGAUUGUAUCAGGAGGUGGUCAAAAGGUGA